AUGGUCCCUGUACCCUGUACCUGGGAUGUUGGAUUGUUUCAAGUGUGGGAAUUGGUCCCUGCAUGUAUCUGGGAUGUUGGAUUGUUUCAGGUGUGGGAAUUGGUCCCUGCAUGUAUCUGGGAUGUUGGAUUGUUUCAGGUGUGGGAAUUGGUCCCUGCAUGUAUCUGGGAUGUUGGAUUGUUUCAAGUGUGGGAAUUGGUCCCUGCAUGUAUCUGGGAUGUUGGAUUGUUUCAGGUGUGGGAAUUGGUCCCUGCAUGUAUCUGGGAUGUUGGAUUGUUUCAGGUGUGGGGAUUGGUCCCUGCAUGUAUCUGGAAUGUUGGAUUGUUUCAGGUGUGGGAAUUGGUCCCUGCAUGUAUCUGGAAUGUUGGAUUGUUUCAGGUGUGGGGAUUGGUCCCUGUAUGUAUCUGGGAUGUUGGAUUGUUUCAAGUGUGGGAAUUGGUCCCUGCAUGUAUCUGGGAUGUUGGAUUGUUUCAGGUGUGGGGAUUGGUCCCUGCAUGUAUCUGGGAUGUUGGAUUGUUUCAAGUGUGGGGAUUGGUCCCUGUAUGUAUCUGGGAUAUUGGAUUGUUUCAGGUGUGGGAAUUGGUCCCUGCAUGUAUCUGGAAUGUUGGAUUGUUUCAGGUGUGGGGAUUGGUCCCUGCAUGUACCUGGAAUGUUGGAUUGUUUCAGGUGUGGGGAUUGGUCCCUGCAUGUACCUGGGAUGUCGAAUUUUGUCAGGCAUGGGGAUUGGUUCCUGCAUGUACCUGGGAUGUCCAAUUUUGUCAGGCAUGGGGAUUGGUUCCUGUAUUCGACAUUAUUGGUCCUAGUGAUGUGGUACAUGUGGACAUUAUUGGUCCUAGUGAUGUGGUACAUGUAGACAUUAUUGGUCCUAGUGAUGUGGUACAUGUAGACAUUAUUGGUCCUAGUGAUGUGGUACAUGUGGACAUUAUUGGUCCUGGUGAUGUGGAACAUGUGGACAUUAUUGGUCCUAGUGAUGUGGAACAUGUGGACAUUAUUGGUCCCAGUGAUGUGGAACAUGUGGACAUUAUUGGUCCCAGUGAAUAUGGUACACAUGGACAUUAUUGGUCCUAG